GAGGGUUUGUGUGGCCCUUGUCAUCUCUCCUCCUCCUCCGCUCCUUUCUUUUAGCCAAUAACUGUAAACUUUCCUGUAAACUGCCUCUACUCAGACCUCUCCACCACUCUUCUUCUCUCUCUUCCCUAAAUCUAGAUUUCUACUUGUUUUUUUCUUCUCUUCUUGUCGGUGGAUUUGCUUAGUCUCAAAGUCUUUGAUUAGUCUUCUUCUCUGGUGUUUGUCUGAAUAAAGGUACAAGCUUGGAGUUAAGGAUAUUUAUUUCGAGUUAUGUCUGGAAACCAACAGCCUCAGAUCAGCAUGCCUACAUGGCGGUGCAGAGAUUUCAAUGCUGCUAUUCCAAUCAAGAAGAGGAAGUACUUUGUGUUGCCAGAGGAAUCACCUUUGGAAAAAAAUACACAGCCUAAUGAGCAAGGUGAUGAUACUAGGAGUGCUUUGGAUUUGAAUUCAUCUGAUGCUCAUGUUCAUCAGACAUUGAUUGGAAGUUUAAUCCCUUGGGUUCCGUCUCUUUCUGUGGGAAAAGUUGCUGAUGAUAAAACGGAGAGGAUUGGGAACCAAAUUAGAGUAAAAGCCGAGGAGCCAAAUACUCAAAUUCACUCCAGUCCCUUGGCAAGCUCUGUGAUCCCAUUCAGGUCUAACUUAGUUGCCAGUUCUCUUGAAAAGCUUCCUUUAGGUGCUGAACAACAUCCUGGUGUUGUUGUCACCACAGAUGAAACUGAGUUGAAUGUAGAACAAACUGUUCUUAAAACCCAUGACAUUCUCAGAGAGUGUCAAACAGAAGCAUCUGCUGGUGCGGGUAAUGUUUGUAAAACUAAAAACAAUUCUCCAUAUAUGGAGAAAGAAGAGCCAUCAGCACCUCAUGCCACAGAUUCUAUUCCUACUUGUACCAAAUCUGGCAAUCUCAGUGGUGUGAACAGAUCUAAUUGGGAUUUGAAUACUACCAUGGAUGCUUGGGAAGAUGGUCUAGAUCGCAAGACUAGAGUUAAGGCAACUGGUUCUUUCUUUGACAGUAACAACAGUAGUUUCCCUGACAUGGAGACAUCAAGUUGUGGUGAUACGACUGUUAUUGCAAAGCCAGUUUCUGAAAAACCGAAGGAAAGUGUAGAGUUUAAAUCUCCUACAGUGACUUCGACGCAGUUUGAUCGUCAGGUUGUUCCCACAUGUUCGCUAAGUCUAGGCCUCAGGUCAUAUCCUCCUAUUGAGAAGUCUCCUUCUCUAUCAGCCACCACAUCGGAGGCAAGAGUUGCCUGCACAAGUGUUUCUAGACCAAUAAUGGCUGCUGAUAAUGUGAACUCUGUAAAUCUCAGGACUGUGAAGUCAGAAGUCAUUGAAGAGAGUGCUCAAGCUUCUCCAGUAGGACUAUCUAUUAACAGGAUGAAAGAGGAGGUCGUUGGCAGUUUGAAUCCAGUGGAUUCUAGAUCAUUAAAGGCUGAGCCAAAUAACUUCACUCAGUCCAAAGUUUUCAAUAGGAAAGAUGGAACGUUGAAUCUUCCCCAUAGACCAGUGAUGCAAUCAAAUAGGAUCCUUAAUAUACUUACAAGUUUUACGGCAAAUCAGAAGGAUACGUAUAAACAUAUUCCCAGUGGUAGUGACGGCGUAGUCCACAUGACUAGUGCAAGUUCUGGUCAUGGAGAAGAGAACCUCAAUGCAGCAGAUGUGAAUGUUUCCAUGAAUGAAGAUAAAACUCUAGAUGAUUGCAAGACCUCUCCUGGAGCUAAUGAACUUUCUACAAGUGGUGAAGAAAAGGUUAUUUUAUCCGGUAAGGUGCUAAGGGAAGAGUUGUACAGUUAUGAGUUUGAACCAGAGUGUGGUAAUGACCUAUCUAGAGUACUAAAGAAGCAAGUUGAGAACAGAAAUUUGUGUGACAACGAGAAGGUCCAAAGAUCAGCUGCCAUGUUUGCAGAAGGUAAUAGACACGCUGAGUGUGGUGGUUCUGAAACUGAACAAAGGGAUAAAAAAGAGAGCCAAGCUGCACUUCUUGGUAAUACAGGUGUGUCUACAUUGUCAGGUGGGAAGGUUGAUAACCCUGAAAUAGUAGAUAACAUCAGUCCAGCUUCAUACAAGGCAGAGAUUUCUACUAUUGACAAUGAUCCUCCUCCUGCGGAGUCUAGUGAAGGUAGUCAGAGUCGGUUCAAGACACUAGAUGCUUCAGAGAGCUUUGUGCCAUUGCGAAUGGAAAGAGAGAGGUUGUCUGAUUUCUCACUUGAACAGAGGAAAUAUCUCUCGAGAGGGAGUGAUGAUGAUUCCUACAAAUUCUCGCGUGAGAGGUACCAUGGCAAAACUAUGAGAAGCCCAAGGCUAAAUUUCAUGCCUGACAGAAGGAGGUUUUCUGAUAAUACAGAAAGCAAUUUGCAGGACCGAGACACAAAAAAUUUUGAGUCUAACAAUUAUGGAAACAUUCGUCGCGGUGGUGGGUUUAUGAGUAGUUCCUAUAGAGGCAGACGGUCUGCAAAUGAUGAAGCAAGCCCUUUCCCCCACUCCUUCACGAGAAGAAGUCAUGGCUUUAAAGAGGAUGCAUCUGCGUUUCACGGGUUUAGAGAUGGUGAGAAGUUUACUAGAGGAGUACAGUCCAAUGACACGGAGCCAAUGUUUAUGAACCAGCCACGUCCGUAUCAAGGUCGGAAUAGUUUUGCUAGAGGACGAGCAAAUUUUUCAAACAACCACAAACGAGAUUUUCCUGGAUAUCGUUCAAGGUCUCCUGUUAGAUCAAGAGAAAGAUCAGCUGGUCCGUCUUCGUCUUUUAGGAACAGAUCACAGGAAGAUUUUAAUGGGCAUACAGAGUUUUCUAAUCGGAGGUCACCCUCAGGUUAUAGAAUGGGGAGGGUAAGCUCUCCUGAACAUUCUGGUUAUCCAAGGGAAAUGGUUGGCAGAAGGCACAACUCUCCUCCGCCUUACUCUCAUGGACCAUCAAAUGCUGGAAGGGGACGAGGUUAUGCAAGAGGGAGAGGGUAUGCAAGGGGGAGAGGUUAUGGAAGAGAUGGUACCGUUUUUAGGAAACCAUAUGAUCGUGUUGUACAUAGAAACUGGAAUAACGUGGAUCCUCGAGAGAGGGUUGACUACAGUGAUGAUUUCUUUGAAGGACCGAUUCAUUCUGAGCGAUUUGGUGGUGAUGGUAAUGUUGAGAGAAGACAAUUUGGCUAUAGACAUGAUGGUGCGAGCUCUUUCAGACAAUCCUAUAGCAGUGAUGGUUGUGCGCUUACUAAUAUAGAGGAUGGUUCUGAUGAUGUGAGGUAUGGACAGAACCCUGAUAUUGAGAUGGUUAAAGAACAAGGGAUUGAUGGAAAAGAUAAGACGUCAACUGAGAAUGCAUCUGGAAGAAGUAAGAAUAUGGAAGAGGAGGAAACUUCAAAAUACAGUGAGAUUUGGCAACGGGAUGAGCUUGGUGGUGACGGGUUUUAGAAGAAGGAUUAGUAUUCAGUUUGCGUGAACCUUCUGAGACCAGGGAGAUUUGAGUGAUAGUGAAUCAGGUACCAAACAAACGAGAGUUCUGUGAUUUUGCCACGGUUGAGGCCAGUUAGUGGCUGACAACUGUGGGCAUUCCUGUAACUGAUGUGAAGGGACACUCUGCUAUGUUGUGUUAAGAAGUUUGGAAUUGAUCAGUGCUUGGCUGUGUAUAUACAACAGCUCUUCGCUGGCCUUGUCAACGAGAUUUUGUUGCCUUUGUGCUUUGAUUCAGAUUUGGGUGUUGUCCUCUGCGCUGUAGCACUGUCCGUGAAUGGAUAUACAACUGAAGGAAGAUGGUGUGAUGUAAAAUAUAUGUGGGAACUUUUCAGGCUUGUUCUGCACUCUGUAGUCUUCGGUAUGUUCAAGUCAAACGUGACUGUUCUAAUAGAUAUGAGGCGAGGAAUGACUAGGGUAUCAGAAGAGACAUACAGGCCAGGCUGUUAGCCCUAUACAACUUUAUAGACACAAGAAAAAAUGCAGGUUUUGAUGAAUGAGUCUCUUCGCCAAAGCAUUAGAGUGCGAUACUCGAAGUUGGACCUGCCAAGACGAUAACAACCUCCACGAUGUGACUGAGCAAUGACUGUUUUAGGCUUAAAACAUUCACUCUCAUCUGCCAAUAACCAGAUAAUGAUUUCUUUUAAGAUGACCUCAUCAGUUUAGCUUUAGGUACACCCAAGAGAAGUACACAUCUUUUUGGAACUUGAAGUAUAAGCUAAACCAAGCUUGCUUGAAAUGUUGAAACCGCUGAUUAUCUGCUGGUAGAACUGGGUUUACUGGCCAUGGGAAAAAAAAAACACACACUGGAUACUGCUAAAGGUGCACCAGCCAUUUGGACAUAUUGGUUUGGUUAAUGGCUCCUCUUUUAUUCUCAUUUAAUAAAGUUCCAACUUCGAGUGUACAUCUCACUUAAGGAAAGGAAUAUCUUGUUGCUUCUCCAGUAUAGGCAUGUGAAUGAUUCAUGUCAUGGUAUAAUCUGUGUAUGCUGUUAAUGAGGGCAUAAAGUGUCGGGAACUAGGACAUUCUGAAUUGGAAAUGUGUCUAAGUUCGUAUUUAGUUCUUGUUUCUGAGACGAGAGAUUAAAGUUUUUUUAGAGGAUGAUAAUGUUGUAAGAGUGAUGAGAGACAAUAUCUUAAUCUUAACCAUGAUAGCUUAUCUGUCAGCAUACAUACAUAU